AUGAGUGCAUCAGAGAAGCUUGAGGAAUUCCGUAAGCAAGGCGUCAGAAGAUCGCAAGAGACCUACACACUUUCCAAGCAGAUUUACGGUACAAGACACGAACGUACUCUCGGUGACGAUAGAUGGGCAUUUUAUGAGCAAUACGCUAUUUCAGCGUUAGAUGUUGGUGAUCACUUAUUGGCAGAGGAACUUCUGCUACGCUUGGCUGAGAAAUUCCCACAAUCACCCCGUGUAUCUGUCCUUGAAGGAAUGCUAUUAGAAUCUAAAGGUGAAUUCCGCUUAGCUGAGCGAUUGUAUACUUCUUUAUUGGAGGAAGAUCCAACAAAUAUUGCGAUACAGAAACGUAUGAUAGUCUUGACAAAGCUGUUGCACCCGAAAGAUCCAUCGAAAGCCCUGGACAGACUGACGACAUAUUUGGAUACAUUCUACUCAGAUCCUGAAGCUUGGAUGGAACUCGCUGAUAUCUACACACAACAGCAAAGCUACCAAAGAGCACUAUUUGCAAUCGAGGAGUGUUUACUCAUGCAGCCAAUAAAUCCAUUCUUUGUUCUGAAAUACGCAGAAACUCAAUAUACAUCCGGUGACAUCCACGAAGCCUACAAAUCAUAUUUACGUGUGGUCGAACUACAAGAUAGCUUCCCUAGGGCUUGGUUAGGUUUGAAAAUGUGCUGCAAAAAGCUCCUCAAGUAUCCACGUAAUGAGCAACCAGAACACCUUCAAAGCGUUGACGUAUUAUCGACAAAGAAAACAUUAGAUGUCUACACAUCAUCAUCUAAGAAGAAAGUUGACGAAGAUUCUCGUAAAGCAGUUUUGAAAUUUGUAGAAUAA